AUGGACACCAUCGUCUCCCUCUCGCCUCCUCUGCUGCGCCUGCGCAUGAGCCACAGCCACCACCCCCACGCAUCAUCAUCAGCUUCCACUACUGCUAGUCGUCACCUGCCUCCUGCUGCCGCUGCAUCAUCCAGUUCCAGUUCCAGCCCGCGGCUGCUCAUCAAGCAGCAGAGGAGCAGCAGCAUUAUUGAUCACUAUUACUGUCGCCUCGUGCUUCUGCUUCUGCUUCUGUCAACGGCGACGGUGGCCGCAGCACCGGCGCAGAAAGAGAAAGACCUCGUGUUCGUGGCUGGCGCCACCGGCAGAGUUGGGUCCCGGACCGUAAGGGAGCUCAUCAAGCUUGGCUUCCGUGUGCGCGCUGCCGUCAGGAACACCCAGAGGGCCACGUCCCUGGUGCAGAGCGUCCAGCAACUGAAACUAGCAGACGGCGAUGGCGAUGCAGCCGCAGAGACGACGCAGCUGGAGCUUGUGGAGUGUGACCUGGAGAAGCAGGCGCAGGAAGGCAUCGUUUCAGCCAUAGGCAAUGCUUCCCUGGUGGUGUGCUCCAUCGGUGCCAGCGAGAAGGAGAUCCUGGAUGUCACCGGCCCAUACCGCAUCGACUACAUGGCCACCAACAAACUUGUACAGGCUGCAUCUGCGGCCAAUGUGGAGCACUUCAUCCUGGUCACAUCCCUGGGCACCAACAAGAUCGGCUUCCCUGCAUUCCUCUUGAACUUGUUCUGGGGGGUUCUGUACUGGAAAAGACGAGCUGAAGAAGCACUCAUCGCAAGCGGCAUUCCCUACACAAUUGUGAGGCCCGGAGGCAUGGAGAGGCCGACGGAUGCUUUCAAGGAGACGCACAACCUGGUGUUGGCACCAGAGGACACCUACGUGGGUGGCCAGGUGUCCAACCUGCAGGUGGCGGAGCUCAUCGGAUGCAUCAUGGCCACCAACAGCAACAGGAGGGCGGCCUACUGCAAGAUCGUGGAAGCGGUGGCCGAGACCACCGCGCCGUUGCUGCCCAUGGAGCAGCUCCUCUCCACAAUUCCUUCCAAGAGGGAACCCCCUGCAGCUGACGAUGAGCCGCCUGAGGACGAAACGGAGGCUGCAGAGGUGAAGCCAUCAGAUCCAAAGCAGCCAGAACCCCCAGCACCUGCAGCAGAGUCAUCAGAGACAAGAACCGGAGGAAAAGCAGCAGAGCCAACACUGUAA